AUGAGUGGUUUGUACGGAGGGUCUCCUUCGCAAAGCGGGUAUCGGAGAGAUAACACCAACGCUGGUGGAAUACCUCCGCCACCUGCUGGUUUAGGAGGUCGGUUUCCGCCGAUUCCUUCCGGAGGCGUCGGUGGUGCAAACGCCCAGCAACAACAAAACAUCGGGAACCUUCUCGGGGGCGGUAGUGGUGGAAGACCAAAUCCGAACGCUGCUCCGAGAAUGAACGGAGGUUUCGGUAUAGAUCCAAUUCAACAACAGCAACAAAACUUAUCUGGUUUAGGUGGGGGUAACGGUUUAGGAGGCGAGAGUUCGUUUCAGCAAGGAAUACCGCAGCAAGGAUAUGGAGCUCCUGCGCGCACAGCUUCCUUUGAUGCUUCGGACUUUCCCUCGUUAGGUGGUGGAGGUCAAGGACCAUACGGUGAUACGUAUCCUCCUCAGUAUCCACACGGGAACGGUUACGAUGGUUUCGGGGGAGACGGUCACGUAGGAGGAUACUAUGCGAAGCCGCCGCCCGAGUUUGCUAUCGAGCAGGAAGACUUUCCGGCGCUUGGGGGUAUGGGUGGUGGAGGCGGUGGUCCUAGAAAACCUUCGGAUGCUGCGGCUGCGGUUGCGGCUGGUGUUGCGAAACAACAUCAGCAACAUCAGCAGCAGCAGCAACAACAACAGCAGCAACAAAUAGGGGGUGGUGGAGUUGGGAAUAUUGGGGGAGUGAAUAGAAUAUUUUCGGGUGGUGGGCAAGGCGGCGGCAUAGAUGGGAAUAAUGAUUUGGGAAUGCAACAACAAAGACAGCCGAGCUUCGAUGCCGGCGGGGGCUUUGGAAUGGGGAACUCUCGAGGUGGAUAUAAUGGUCAAGAUCUGUUACGCCAAAGUUCUGGUCAAUCGUCCAAUUCUGUCGCGCAACAAACGGCGAAUAUGGAUCCGAACGAUCGGUAUGGUCUCAUGGGUUUGUUGAACGUCAUUCGAAUGACGGAUCCAAACUUGACCACUUUAGCUCUUGGAACGGAUUUGACAAUGCUUGGGUUAAACUUGAAUUCGUCCGAACCGUUGUACACGAAUUUUUCUCCGCCAUGGCUGACGGAUGCAACGCCGAAGCACGAGUUAGAGAUGCUCAUUCCGGCGUGUUAUAAUCAGCACACGGCAGGUCGAGCACACCCUGCAAUGUUUUCAAAGUUUCAGCACGAGACUUUGUUCUAUAUAUUUUAUUCCAUGCCUGGUGAGGAGGCUCAAUUGUAUGCUGCGGAUGAACUGAUUCAUCGUGGCUGGGGGUUCCACAAAGAAAUCAAGGCGUGGUUGAUGCGAGUUCAAGGCACGGAGCCGACAUCGAAAACGGAUUACGGUGAACGCGGUGCGUUUUGGGUGUUUGACGUCCAAACGUGGGAACGUGUUCGCAAGGACAACUUCAUGCUUUCAUACGACCAACUCGAGAAUCGACCGCAGGUGGCCGCCACGCAGUGA